CACUUGAGCACACCAGACCCUUACUGAUGCCAUUACUGAUGCCACUGACGUGACACAUCACCUGCUCUCGUUGCUGUAACAGGGACCACAGGUUUAAAAAAUGUCUGGAGGAGUUUAAAUGGAGUUCAAGGUGUUUCUUGUGACUGCUUUGUGUUUGACUGCAUUGACUUCAUCUCAGCACAGUUGUGGACAGCGGCCCCUCGUCGCCCCUCCAGGUGUGUCUCGUAUAGUGGGGGGCCAGGAGGCUCCUGAGGGGGCGUGGCCAUGGCAGGUCAGCAUCCAGAUCUUGUCCAGGCAUCACUGCGGCGGGACAAUCAUCAGCAGCCGCUGGGUGCUCACUGCCGCACACUGUUUCUACAAAUACAUCAGGGUCAACAGAAGCUAUUUUCGUGUGGCGGCAGGACUUCGCGUGUUAUCUGCUCCAGGAAAUCAGGCCCAGUUCCGCUCCAUCCAUAACAUCAUAAUGCACAAGGACUACGAUGACGUCACGUCUGAAAACGAUGUGACACUCUUGCUCCUCAGCUCUCCCUUCAAAUUCAAUGACCACAUCCAGCCUGUCUGCGCUCCUCACAAUGUGACUCAUGAGUCAAACCUCAACUUCAAUCAUUGUUUCAUCACUGGAUGGGGGAGCAAGUAUUACAAAGGCAGUCUGAUGAACAGAUUGCAGGAAGCUGAGGUUGAGCUCAUCGACAGGAGAACAUGUAACCUGGUCGACUGGUACGACGGCAUCAUCACUGAGAACAUGAUCUGUGCAGGACUGGACAGUGGGGCGGCAGAUACCUGUCAGGGUGACAGUGGCGGCCCACUGCAGUGUUACAGCGAGGAAGAGGAGAGGUUUUAUCUGGUCGGAGUGACAAGCUUCGGCUCUGAGUGUGGACGUCCUCAGAGUCCGGGGGUGUAUGCCAGAGCCAGCUGGUUUGCAGACUGGCUGCAGACAAGUCAGACGCCAUCAGUGUCUCCAGCACACAGACUGAACAUAAAACUGAUCUCAGCUCUGCUCGGUGCUGCUCUGAUGCUGCUCUGAAACAUCCAGACAAUCUGUCAGCAAUAAAUAUCACUGCUAUACAGA